UAAAGCAAUAAAAGAUAGGAAACACAGUAAAAGGCAGGAGGCUUUCCUUUGAAGGUUGAUCGGACAAAGAUCCAAAAUUAUAAACAAAAUAAAAAUGAAAAUAGACUUUAGGAAACCUUCAAGCAAUAUUCUAGGGUAGACCCCAUAGCUACAGUAAAGGUAGUCUUGUGUUUGUUUUGUUUUGUUUUGUUUUGUUUUAAAGUGGGCUUAAAUCCAAAUUAGGGGGUUUAAUGAGAAAAAAAUUAAUUGACAUGUGAAACUGACCAUUUAGAAAAUAUCCAAUAUGUGGCAAGACAUGUUCAGAGCCUUAGAAAGUAAAUAAGCUUGAAAUCAAUACAACUUAUGAUCCUAUAGGUAAAACAAGUGGCUCCUGAAAUAAAAACAAGACCAAAAUGUCUUACAGCCAUAAGAACUGGAAGCCUACAGAUAGUGAUACUUAUACAUACUGCAAGCAGAAGGGUCAUUGAAAGAAUCAACACCCCAUAUUGGCUAAGAAACAGAAAGAUAACUAUCUAAAACCUACCCGAUUAUGCUGCUCCAAGGAAGAAUUCACACCUAACAAUUCCCUGUCUUUCCUCUAAACUUGUGACCCCAACUGCCAAAAGUAGCAAUGUGCAACCAUAUAAAUCAUGCUCUCCAUUAGGGCACAGGCUGUAUCGAGUUUGGCUUACCACAGUAUCCCAGCUCCUAGUUAAGUGCCUCCACAAAGCAGGUGCUCAUUAAAUAUGAUGAAUAAAUUGAAUUUUUUCUUGGUACACUGUCAGCCACACCUUACCAAGAUGAGGGAGAAGACCGCACACCUCUGAAUUGGGAUGUGGCCCUCCAUCAUUAGCUGGUGUGAAUCAGGGUGGAAUUAUUGUCCCUACUUAUGGAACCCCCACCCCAUAUGGGUCCCUUGGCAGACUCCUUCCUUCCCUCUACCCUCCACUCCACCCAACUGCUAAUGCCAUCAUCAUAGUGGUUUGUAAGUCACAUAGGCGAUUUCUUAAGGAGUUUAUAAUUCAAGAAAUGUAGACAUGUAGGCUUCACAGAAUGCACUGGAUCACUACAGUCACUCCUGGUGGGGAGGGAAAAUCUGCCAAACCCAGUUCUUGUUUCAGUACCUUCCUUUGAGGAAAAGCCAGAAAUCCAAGAAUGAACAAUUGCUAAAGGAGGGAAAGGGGCUCUCUGCCUGGUGUGCCUCUCCCAAGUUGAGAGCGAGAUAGUAAUGGGUAAGUCUUCAGGGCAACCAGGACCACUUUGAAGCAUUCCUGUCCUGGCCUGCCUCACAGGUUCCUCUGUCCUUUGGGGGACCCCGAUGCCUGAUGUCCGGGACUGGGGUUCUCUCAGCAGGUGCCUCCUGGUUGCUGGCUACAGGCUCUAUCCCAGCAGAAGGACCCUCUUCUUGGCCUGGGUUUCACCUUCUUGUAUCAGGUGGCAGGCCAGCUGGUUUCAGUCCCAAAUCAGGUCUUCUGACUCCUCCCAGAAACCAACUUCUAAGCAGGAAAUCCUGCCCCUCCCUCAAGAGUAGGAAACCACAGGGGAAGAGAGGUGAAACAGCAGUAAGGGAGAAGAGGAGGGAGAGAGAGAAAAAAGAAGCAAGAAGAGAAACAGAGAUAAAUAAAAAGAAGUAAAACUUGGUUGAAACCUCAAGGGCUCCGCGGUCCAGGUCCUGGCCUGAUGGCUUUUAUGAAAAAAUAUCUCCUCCCUAUUUGGGUGCUAUUCUUGGCCUACUACUUCUAUUCUGCAAAUGAGGAAUUCAGACCAGAGAUGCUCCAAGGAAAGAAAGUGAUUGUCACAGGGGCCAGCAAGGGGAUUGGAGAGGAGAUGGCCUAUCAGCUGGCAAAGAUGGGAGCCCAUGUGAUGGUGACUGCGAGGUCAAAAGAAACUCUAAAGAAGGUGGUAUCCCGCUGCCUAGAGCUGGGAGCAGCCUCCGCACACUACAUUGCUGGUACCAUGGAGAACAUGACCUUCGCAGAGCAAUUCAUUGCCAAAGCAGGAAAGCUCAUGGGGGGGCUAGACAUGCUCAUUCUCAACCACAUCACCAACACUUCUAUGAAUUUAUUUAACAAUGAGAUCCACCAUGUGCGCAAAAGCAUGGAGGUCAACUUCCUCAGUUACGUGGUCCUGACUGUAGCCGCCUUGCCCAUGCUGAAGCAGAGCAAUGGAAGCAUUGUUGUGGUCUCCUCAACAGCUGGGAAAGUGGCUAAUCCACUGAUUGCUCCCUAUUCUGCAAGCAAGUUUGCUCUGGACGGGUUCUUCUCCUCCAUCAGGACAGAAUAUUCAGUGACCAAAGUCAAUGUGUCAAUCACUCUCUGUGUUCUCGGCCUCAUAAACACAGAAACAGCUAUGAGGGCAAUUUCUGGAAUAGUUGAUAUCGACCCAGCUCCAAAGGAUAAAUGUGCCCUGGAGAUCAUCAAAGGGGGAGCCCUGCGCCAAGAGGAAGUAUAUUAUAACAAUUCACCCUGGAUUGCUUUCUUGCUGGGAAAUCCAGGGAGAAAGCUCGUGGAAUUUCUCUCCUUAAGGAGUUAUAAUAUGGAUAAGUUUAUAAACAACUAGGAAAUCCCUUAGAGCUAGGCACUGUGGGGGAGCCUGGGACUGUUCUGCUUGGUAUUUAUUUGAGCUCCAUCUGUGAAGCCAUAUUCCAAAAGGAUAGAGUAUCCCUAGAGAUCUGCAAGUCAAAGGUCACAGGUCACAUCUCACAAUUUGAAGGGGCUCCUCUAAACAGCUGCACAGCAGAAAUUUAAUUAUAAUAAAUGUCAAGAACCACUGCAGUCUGUAGUUGUGAAACUGAUAGUAACCACAGAUAUAAUUAUAAGGUAGUUAUAUCAAACUUACCUCUUAUGUAUGAUAAUAUUAUGAUGAUUAAUACAAUAAUAAUUAUAAUAAAAGUCAAAUAAACUUUAAAUAUUCAUAACUGGUAGCUAUAACUUGCAUUCACUUAAUAUGGUUUCUUUAAGACACAAGUGAAAUCUUUCAUGUGGUCUAAACCACAGAAUCUGUUUCUGAGUUGAAAAAAAUCACUUUACUUUUCAUUUGGUGGACAUAAUAUCCUUACCAUUUCUGUGUAUUUCAGAUGCUCUUUAUAUCCGUUGAUCUUGCUCCUCUUGGAAGGAGAACACCUGGCAUGAGUCACUAGGGCAAAUCCAUGGAAGUGGAGGCCCCUGGAAACUGGAGCCCCAGAACCUAUGCCUGUUCAUUGGGUUGAGAGUACUUCAGGCAUUUCUAUUUUAUAUGUGAAUGCUCAGCUAUACAUUGGAAGUUUGGAGAAGAGGGGCUGGAGUUUAAAUCUUGCCACUCAAGCAUUUGGUCAAUCAUUCAUUCUGCAAAUAUUUAUCAAACACUUGACAGGCAUCACUUGACAACGAUCAAAUGUGAAACAAAAUAUCAGCUACAUUAACAACUCAGCAAAGCCCUGCGUUGAUCAGGGCCCCAAAAGGUAAGGGAUGGCAUGCUCAACUUGGAUAAUUUUAGUAGAGUUUAAGAAAAAGGGACUCUUUACAGAAGUGUGGACAAUGUAUAAGGACAUCACAAGAGAUAGUGCAGUGUCUCAGGGCUAGUAGAGCUGUUUCCACGCCUAUGCCCAUAGGAACAAAAGGAGAGAACUGUUUCCAGAGCCCAGAGAUGGAAAGAACUGUUUGGAGAGGGCCACUUAACAGGAGCUGUGGCAUUCAGUUAAGGGAUGCAACCAGCACACCGAGGACCAUCAAGGAGGGAGCUGUGAGAAUAAAUACCUCAGCUCAUUCUCUUCCCUCCGUCAAAUCUCAUGGUGGUGCUUCCUAUUAGCUGAACAGACAGGCAAGGGAGUAGACUGAUACAGACAAUGCAGAUCAGCUUCCCAGUGUACAGAGCAGAAUGGAAAGGAUGGAGAAUGUUCCGGAGUGAUAAAUGGGAGUAUUUUCAGCAUGAAUCCAGCACUCUCCAAUGUACGGCUUCCGUGGUAAGUGUUGCUAGGACAUAAGACAUGGGCCUGGAAGCCUAAGGGAAACUUCUCCUUUUUCCUCCUCUGAAUCCGAAUGCCUGCACAGCAGAACAAAUUUGAGUCCAUUGAUCCAACCACCCAUGUGGACAAGGACCUGAUCUGAGAGUAUGAAUAUGACUGGACUUUUCUUAGAAAGAGGUCCUUUCCAAGGAAUAUUCAGUGCAAGGGAGCAAGAAAGACCUGACCAAAUAGACCAAAAAUCUGAAGUCUGGUUUCUGACUACAUAGCAUAAUAACAUACACACACGCACAUAUUCAAUGUGGUCUCAUAGACGUCUCAGUUUCUGAUCAAUCAGAUUAACACCCAAAACUCUCCUGUGGAAAUGAAGCUCCCUCUUCACAGACUUUGGUAAGGGGAUGGAACGCAGUAAUUCCUUUACUGAAAGAUUGGGGCAAUAUUAAAAUUAAAUAAGAAUUUGGAUGGGGAUAGGUUAAACUUCUUGCUAAAUGAAAUUUCAUCAUAAUCCAAAAGGAAAGAGCUCAGAAAUCAGGCCUGAGAACUAAACCAUCUGCACCCACAUCCCUUACUGUCUUCACUAACACGACAUUACAACUCCAUUCUCUUCAUCACCAUGACCUUACUAUUUCAGGAAGCUCUUUGCCCAGGAAGAUAAAUGUUGCAAAUCCAUUUUAAAUGUUCAGCUUAUCAACAAACAACAUCAAAUGACUAUUACUCUUCAAGAGGAGAGGGUAUACAGGUAAUCAAGAAUACUAAAAAUAAUUUGCUUAAUAAAUGUAAAACUGUUCAGUAUCUAUAGAGCAGUACUCAACUGCAUCUCCAUGACACAAUUUUCAUUUCUAUGAACAAGAAUCAUUUGCAUUACUAGAAGUAUUCUAUAACUUAAAGAGUUGUAAAACAGCUCAAAGACAAUGAAAAGCUGAGGAAACCCAGAAGUUGCACUACACAGAACACCCAGUCAUUUUCUUUUUUUAGCGGGUGGGCAGUGGGGGAAAGGGGGCAUUUCAAAGACUUUCACAUGUUAAACUUCACUAGUAAUCAGGAAAAUGCAACUUAGAACAAUGAAAUACAAUCUUACACCUGUGAGUGGGAAUGAACUACUGAUAAGAACAAGUGCUGGCUAUGUGCAAGGAAGGAAGAGUCAUCAUUUGCUGGCUGGAGUGCACAUAAGUAAAAUCACUUUGAAGAAUCUGUUUAGAUGCUAAUGGAUAUACCCAAUUCAAAACAGUUUAAACAUUAAGGUAAACUUAUUUUUUUCAAAUAAGAGGUCUCGACAUGAGCAGUUCUGGUGUUGGUUAAUUUAUGUCAUAUAAGGUCCACAUUCUUUUCGUCUUGGGCUAGCUCAUCUCCUGGUCCCAAGAUGGCUGCUGUAGUUCUGACUGUUACAUGUAAAUUAAAAUAUCCUUAGGCAGAAAAGUUUCUUAUUUUUAGAUUAUUAUAGUGGCCUCCAUAACUGGUCUCCCUGCUACCACUCUUGGCCCCUACAGUCCAUUCUCCUCACAACAACCAGAGUCAUCUUUUAGAAUGUACAUCAGAUUAUUAUUCCAGCCACACUGAUCCUUUUGCUGUUUCUUGACAUGCCUAGAUCACUUGGACCUCAGAGCCUUUGCCCUUGCUGUUCUAUCUAACUGACAUGCUCUUUCCCCAGAUAACUCCCUCUUUAUGUAUCCAUUCAAAUGCCACCUUAUCAGAGAGACCUUCCCCCACCAUCUAAUAUAAAACAGUAACCUCAGCUCUUAAGCUCCCUAUCCCUCUUCCUAGAAUUUAUUUUUCUUCAUAGCAGUUAUUGUUGUUAUUGUUGUCAGGUGCUGUCCAGUAGUUUCUGAUUCAUAGCGAUCCUAUGUACAAC